AUGAAGUAUAAAACCCCUAGCUUGAUGAGAUAUAUAAUUUUCUCAAUCAUGCUCUUAAACGCCGUUUUGCCAUCAGUCGCUGAAAAUGAUGAUACUGAAGGCAAGAAGACGUGCCCCGCGGAUAUUGAUAUACUUACAAAAACAACAUUCUUCACUAUGAUGAUGGGCUACGCUACUGACUCGUAUCUAUCAAAUCCGCUUCAGAAGCGAGAUGUGAAUGCUCCAUCUGAGGCUGCGGAGGCAGCCUCUACCGUUGAAUCAUCUGAUGGGACGGAAGAUAAGGAGAAGGGCGACUCCGAAGAGUCUGAUGAGGACUUUGACUUCAAAACCAUAUUCGGGAAGAAUACAGUGAAACCUUAUACUGAGGAGGAGUUGGCGGAGAAAAUUCGCGAGAUCCUCAAAACACCUGAUCCGCUCUAUGGCACAGAGUACAACAGUGAAUGGGGGCGUGCCUGUCUAACUGAAGACUACGAAAUCCCCAACACAGAGCUAUUAAUACAUUUUGACGUAUUCGACCCGUUUUUCCCUCCGGGGUUGAUUUUCGAGGACCUGCGUUGCUUGCAUUUGUACAACGUCAAGGAUGGCUAUCAUUUGUAUAAAUUGCGUUUUGGUGAUAUGAUAAUUACUUUACGGCCUAAUCUCGAGCAGGUGUCGAUUCAUCUUUUUGAGGAUUCUUGGGGUUUGAUGGUUGUGCGCUUAUUGUUCACCGCAGAUGGCAUACUGCAUCGCCAUGAGUACACAGAAAACGCUCGUUCGUCGCGUGUGUUCCAAAAAACCAUGGGACCAGCGGUCCAACAUGCGCAUCCUAUUGCAGACACUACGGACCUGAACAAAUGGCUGGACGAAAAAUACCGCCUUUUGUCUCAGCAGAGACCGCCUAUUAUAGAAGAGGUUAUACACCGAACCGCUUCUUAG